CUGCUUUUUUAUAAACCAAGACCAAAAUUCGUUUGUCUUUCCUGUCUACGGUUACAACAACAAUUUUUUUUUGCAGUCGAGGAAGUUUCCUGUUCUGCUGAUGCGAUAACAGUAGUCCUAAACAAAUCUGACCCCGAUAUAGCGGCCUGGGUUGCGAAUCCAAAAGCGCAGCCGGUGGUCUACGUACAUGGUCAUAAAGCUCGGCCACCGUGUGGUUCAACGCUGAAGAAGGGGAAUCUAUUGAAUUAUAACUUUACCAUACCAUAUGGAAAACACUGUGACGUACAACUGACCGAUCUUGAACCCAGUUAUCGUAACGCUGAGACAACAAUUGCGUUAGAAGAUAACGCGGAUUUAAGUUCAUCAAAGACUAUUCGAGUAAACCAUGUCUUCUGCUUAUAUACCAGAAAAAUUCAAACGAUUAGAUUCAAUGAUAUUACGAGCGGCCAUGAAGUAGUUGCUUCUACUGGUGGUAAACCUAAACCAAAAGUUGAGAUGAUCUUUCGAAGCACAGAUGGGCGACCACUUCGGGCUGCUAAAAUCGGAGAUACUGUUGAGUUUUAUGUUGCGCUUUCACCUGAUAAAGCUUACCAUGGCAUCAGUCCAAAAGAGUGCAUGUUUUCCGACAGAGAAGAUAUGACUUCUCCAGAAGCUCGUCAUCUUACGUUUGUGCAAAGCAGCUGUCCCGUGGACGAAAUGAGUGAAUUAAUUGAACCUUUGGCUAAUGUCAACGAGGAGGUAUAUUUUUCCAAGUUUAAAACGUUUCGAUUCGGCAAUCAGUCAACAGUUUUCGCACACUGUACUGUUCAAGUCUGCCUCACCAGCGAAGAAUGUUCACAGCAGUGCUUCAAAAGAGUGUCUAAUUCUACUCUAACAGCUGAGCGUUUACGAUAUCGAUACAAGCGUGAAAGAACCUUUGAAGAUUCAGAUAUUGAUGCUAAAGUGGAUGAGGUUGCAAUUACAAAGCCGUUUACUGUUCUUGACAAAUACGAAACACUGCAGGUGAGCAGCAGAAGCAUUGAGCGUUGCGAAAUUCAAAGUGGAAUAUCGCGGUCGGUGUUUUUCCUCAUUGUUGGCCUCGCUGCAAUUCUGGUUGUAUGCUUGAUCAUUAUUUUGAUCAUGAUUCGAAGACACUCUUCAAACAACAAAAAUUUGCAGUCUUUUUACAGGUUUUUCAACAGUUUUUGA